AUGGCUGAAGAGGUCUACGAAGGCGCGAUCGGUAUCGAUCUUGGCACCACAUACUCCUGCGUUGCCAACUAUGAAGGAACCAACGUGGAAAUCAUUGCGAACGAGCAAGGAAGUUUUACCACUCCUUCCUUCGUCAGUUUCACCGACAAGGAGCGCUUGAUCGGCGAAUCUGCAAAGAACCAGGCUGCCAUGAACCCUAGAAACACCAUCUUCGAUAUCAAGCGGUUGAUCGGACGCCGCUUCGAUGAUCCCACUGUCAAGAAAGAUUGCGAGAGCUGGCCCUUCAAGGUCAUUGACCAAGAUGGAAGCCCUAUGGUCGAGGUUGAGUACCUUGGAGAGAACAAGACUUUCUCACCUCAGGAAAUCUCAUCCAUGGUUUUGACUAAGAUGAAGGAAGUUGCCGAGGUCAAGCUGGGUAAGAAGGUUGCCAAGGCUGUCAUUACCGUCCCUGCCUACUUCAACGACAACCAACGUCAAGCUACUAAGGAUGCUGGUGCCAUCGCCGGUCUUAAUGUCCUCCGUAUUAUCAACGAGCCAACUGCUGCCGCCAUUGCUUACGGUCUGGGUGCCGGAAAGUCCAACAAGGAGCGAAAUGUCUUGAUUUAUGAUCUCGGUGGUGGAACUUUCGAUGUGUCCCUCCUCAACAUCCAGGGUGGUGUUUUCACCGUCAAGGCUACUGCAGGUGAUACCCACUUGGGAGGUCAGGAUUUUGAUACCAACCUGCUUGAGCACUUCAAGAAGGAAUUCCAACGCAAGACCAAGAAGGAAACUCUGUCCAACGGUGCUCAGACAACUGUUGAGAUUGACUCUCUUUUCGACGGAGAGGACUUCAAUGCCCAAAUCACCCGUGCUCGAUUUGAGGAUCUCAACUCAAAGGCGUUCAAUGGUACCCUGGAGCCAGUUGCUCAGGUUUUGAAGGAUGCAAACCUCGAUAAGAGCAAGGUUGACGAGAUCGUCCUUGUUGGUGGAUCCACCCGUAUCCCACGGAUACAAAAGCUUUUGAGCGAUUUCUUCGAUGGCAAGAAGCUUGAGAAGAGCAUCAACCCUGAUGAGGCCGUUGCGUAUGGUGCUGCAGUCCAAGCUGGUAUCCUCUCCGGAAAGGCUACCUCAGCCGAUACCGCUGAUCUUCUUCUUUUGGAUGUCGUCCCUCUUUCCCUCGGUGUUGCCAUGGAGGGCAACAUCUUCGCCCCAGUCGUUCCUCGCGGUCAAACCGUCCCAACCAUCAAGAAGCGAACCUUUACGACCGUUGCCGUUCCCGGUCUUCCAAGUAUUUUUUCCCCCGGAAAUCCCUCUUCCAAGAACCUAAAGCUAACUCCCAUUCUAGGCGAUGCCGUUCUUGAGGUUGUUUUCGAGGUUGAUGUAAACGGUAUCCUCAAAGUUACUGCUACUGAGAAAACCUCCGGACGCAGCGCCAACAUCACCAUUUCCAACUCUGUCGGAAAGCUUUCAUCGAGUGAGAUCGAGAGCAUGAUCAAUGACGCUGAGAAGUUCAAGAAUAGCGACGAGGCUUUCAGCAAGAAGUUCGAGGCCAGACAACAACUUGAGUCUUACAUCUCGAGAGUUGAGGAAAUCGUUUCCGAUCCAACGAUGUCGCUCAAGCUUAAGCGUGGAACCAAGGAUAAGAUCGAGUCAGCACUUAGCGAUGCCAUGGCCCAACUCGAGGUGGAAGACUCUACUUCCGAUGACUUGAAGAAGAAGGAGUUGGCCUUGAAGCGCGUGGUCACCAAGGCUAUGUCAACCCGCUAG